GAAAAAGAGAAUACAGUGGUCCGGUUUAUUUAUUUGUCGAUUGGUUGCGUUUUAAUUACUGGCCUGUGUCUGGGAGUGAGGUGGGAGGAGCGUACAGUCCUUGCGUAGCCGGUCCUUGCGUAGCCUUACUUGUACAAUUAUUUAAAUAUAUCAGUUAUUAAAUUAUAUAUUUUAUCUAAGAAUGCUGCUUGAUGUGCAUGCGUGUUAAAGGUGAUACACGGAACAGCUGAAAACCAAAUAGAUAAACCAAAUAUUCAUGUUAAACAUUUAUGAACACAUAUUUUAUAGCCAACUCAGCCAGCAAUUGCCACUUGAUAGCAACAAGCCAAAUAGUUUUGUAGGUUAAUUAAGAGACGUUGAUGUUGAUAAGAUUUCUAUACAAGCAAAACCAAAGCGAAAGUGAUCGAGGCAUAUAAUCCAAGGCCACUGAGACGGUUUACCUCCACACACCUGUCUGGAGCGGAGUAACAGGCGGACAAAAAGACAAAGUCAAAAGAGUUGGAGAUUCAACAAAAGAUAAUGUCAGCCCUGUGAUUUAGCCUGCCGCCAGCCAGUUUCUCAGCAAAUGUAAAUUCGCGGCAAUAGCCGGUUACGCAUGUUACUGAAAAAAAACAUUUUUCAAGUUUUACUUGGGUAAAAAGCAAUGAUAAAGUGAAGCAGUUUAAAUAACUAAUGUUUCAGAGCUGUUCAUGGUAAACUCGAUGUUAAAUAAAAGAGCUGCUUCCUGACUAUCCGUCUGUGUGUUAGUCCGAAAUUCAGAUCUCUCCAAACCGAAGCACCAGUGUGAACGCACCGAGAAUAAUGACAAAAAGGCACAAUACCACAAAUAUAAAGAUAGCAUAGACUAUAGAUUAUAUAUACACAACGUACAUCCACACGAACUUCAUCAAAUAGUCAGUGUAACAACAAUAAUAACAGUUCAGUCUAACUUAAAAAGAAAGGAAGACAAGAAGACCCGAAGACAAGAAACUAUAAAAACAAAAACCGACGACAGCGGAUCAUGUUUGUUCCCUUGCCAGUGCCGUUAGUCUUUCAGAGAACUGCUCCUGACUUCAGCGCCUGGCGUCUCAAGUCUCCGCUGGCUUUGCGCUCCAGCUCUGAUAUCAGGAUGUCCAAAACGCUUGAGGAUGAAAAGUCUGGGGUUGACGUUCCUGCCGACAGCACAGAUUCAGAGCGAAACAGUCCUGAGGCUAGUGAUCAGCCAAUGAAAACAAGUCCAUUCUGCCUUUCCCCAACCCCAAGUCACACCAAGGUUAAGGCAGAAGAAGCAGCUGAGAUGUCCAGUUCCCAUGCUCCACCACCUCAGUCUGCCCAGCCCACCCUACCACACACACAGCUAAUGCUGGCCGGCAGUCAACUUGCUGGGGACAUUCAGCAGUUGUUACAGCUGCAGCAGUUGGUCCUGAUGCCUGGUCAUCCUCUACAGUCUCCAGCCCAGUUCCUCUUACCCCAGGCCCAGGCUCAGCAGAGCCAACAGGGUCUGCUAUCAACACCAAAUUUGAUUCCACUACCUCAGCAAAGUCCAGGAGCUCUCCUGACCACCCCACCUAGACUGGGCAUGCAAACACAGGUACCCUCUAUUGCCACAGUUACCCCAAAUGCCGAGGAACCCAGUGACCUGGAGGAGCUAGAGCAGUUUGCUCGAACCUUCAAACAGAGGAGGAUUAAACUGGGCUUCACACAGGGUGAUGUGGGAAUGGCCAUGGGGAAAUUGUACGGAAACGACUUUAGUCAGACCACUAUCUCCCGUUUUGAGGCACUCAACCUCAGCUUCAAGAACAUGUGCAAACUCAAACCACUGCUGGAGAAGUGGCUAAGUGAUGCAGAAACCAUGGCGAUAGACAACAUGCUACCUAGUCCCAGCUCCUUGUCUUCUCCUAUGCUGGGUUUUGAGGGGAUGCCUGGUCGCCGUAGGAAGAAACGCACCAGCAUCGAGACAAACGUCCGUGUGGCACUGGAGCGCAACUUCAUCACGAACCAGAAGCCUACCUCGGAGGAGAUCCUUCUGAUGGCGGAGCAGCUCAACAUGGAGAAGGAGGUGAUCCGCGUCUGGUUCUGCAACCGCCGACAAAAAGAGAAACGCAUCAACCCCUCCAGCGCCACCCCUCCCUUGCCCAGCCAGCCACCCCCUGCGAUGCACAAACCCCCCUGCUACAGCCCACACAUGAUGUCCAGUCAGGGACUAGCACAGCCAGCCACAAGCCUCAGUGCUACAGCUGUUAGUCCCACCCCCUCUGUAACCUGCCCUCCUAACCCCAUUGGCCAUGCAGCAGUCAGCACUGCCCCACCUUCAGUGACACCGCCUCCUCUCAGCACAGCAAGCCCCGCCCCACCUCAUUUAAGUAGCCCUGGUCUCAACACAGGGAACACAGUGAUGGGUGUAAGCACAGGCAUGAACCAGGCCCUCAUCAGCAGCAGCCCUCUGGCUACAAUGCAAGCUCUGGCUGCCAGUGGUGGCCAGAUGUCCAUUACUGCUCUUGAGAGUGGCGGUCAGAUGUUCCUCAGCGGAGCUGGAGGUCCAGGGGCUGGACUUCGCCCCUCCCUCUUCCUAAACCGCCCCACUUUGUUGCCCAUAGCAGCAGGUGCCAGCAUGGGGUUGGUCAGUGCUGCCCGGUGUUCUCCACCUCCCAGCGUCAGUCACAUGAGCCCAGACUCAUGUUCUGCCUCUCCUUGCUCAAGCCCCGCCUCAUUCUGCUCUUUCAGUGAAGCCUCGCCGCCAGCCCUGGGUGGGGCAAUGGCUGAGUGACACCCAUGGCAACCUGUUACUUGCUUGAGGGGCGGAGUUGAUGGAGCAGUUGUAACAUGAAAAAAACCUCGCCUUUUCAACCAAAGCCAUCUCUCACUCUCUUGUUCCUCUCCUGCACUCCCUCCCUCACUGAGUCUUUUAAUGCUAAAACCACACAGACUGAGGGAGGGAGGGAGGAGUCGGGGAGAAUCGGGGAUGAAGAGAGAACAGGAGAACGGGGGGUGUUUAAACCAAAAAGUUUGAUCUGUUAUUUCAUUUGAAGAGGUGGCAUUGCUGCGCUUCUUUGUUGGCCAUGAAUGGUAAUGCUCCUUUCUAAUCUAAAAAGAGACUUCUACAAAUGGAUGAAGGUGAGAGCAGGAAUGAAGCCAAAAAAAAGAGAAAACGACUUGUAAAAAAACGGGUUGCAAAGAAAAGAAAAGAAGUACUACUACUGGACAAGUGUCGCUGGGAGGAAGGGAAGAUGUGACCCAAAAAAGGAAAGAAAAAUACACAAAAAAAUACAAACACACCAAAAUCGCCAAAACAAAAUACCAAAAACCGAAACCAAAAAAUCGGAGAGAAAAGCUUUACCUGAAAGACUUUUAAACCCGUCCAGGAUCAGCUCACCUUCACAAAACAGCAUCACAAAUAUUCCUAAUUUUUCAGGUUGUAUGUAUGUAUUUCAUUUCCUUUAGUCAUGCAGUGUUCACUGUUCAUCCUCUUUCAGAUUCUCCUGAAACGUACAUAUUUUUGAGCAUUUUCUUAUCUGCUAAGAUGUUAAGUUCAUUCAGAGCUUUCUCAGUCUACCUCUGCUGUCAGCUUACUCCAUUUACUCCAUUUCAGAUGACCUUAAUUCCAUUUCAGAUUACUAUGUUUCUGGAUACUUCGAUUCUUUGUCAUCUUUAACUAUGAGAUUUUGAAUGUGGUGACAUUAAUACAGAUGCCCCAAAACAGAUAUACUAUAUAGACACACAAACUAGAAUGUCAUGAUGAUGUAGAAAUAUUCUCGCUAACCCUGUAUUUAUCAUCCACAUAUUUUUAUCCAUACUGUCAUCUUAUUUCAAACCACAACUCGGAUUCAUUCUCUUGGAUACCAAAGCGUUUGUCUGACCUUUUAGCACUGACUAACAAGCGUUCAGACCAGACCUCAGACAUGUCAAAAAAAAACAAACACCAAACAUAAACAAAUAGACAUACACAUGAAGAAGACUGAUUAAAAUAAGCGACGCAAGCCCCUUCUCCCAAGCCUCCAAAUGCCUGCCCUACAUGCUCUCUUGCUCCCUAUCCUGUGCUUCAAAGGGAUCAAGACCAAAUGGGCCAAACGAAGACCGGGGGGGGAUAUGACAGACAGGAGGAGCCUCACCGAAGAGGAUGUGCAGAGCGCAGGGGACAUUUCGUAAGCAUGAUCUGGAGGGAAGCUUCCAAACAGGGACACGCUGUUGUUGAUUUUGCUUCCCCACCCCCACCCCCUUUACUUUGCCAACACAAGGAUCAAACCAAAAAAGUAAAGCAAGCAAAACCAAUGAAUAAUUGAACUAAACAAAAGGAAUCCAAAACCAAAUACAGAGUGGGCGAAUAGGAGGUGGACAAGGAGUGCGCUUUAGAGGAAGGAGCUGGGCAACGCUUGUUUGUCACAGACUGACCCAGCUGUGAUUGGCAGUUCCACAGUUCACAGUAGAGAGCCACGCCCUCUCCUCCUCCCGCCUUUCCAUUAUGUAGGGCCUCCAUCCGUUCACUCUCUUUCCUGUAUGGAGGAAUAUUUAUUGACCUCACUGAACUGAACUUCAAAAUAUAUAUUCUAUAUAUUUUGUUUUAUUUCUUUUUUCUUGGUCUGUCUGUUUGAUUCUGUAUGAUCUCGUCUCAUUCUUUCUAUUUUUGGGACAAUGAGGUAAUGCGUUGCCUGUUUUCAUAUUUUAUCUGUUUUAUCGUUUCGAUCUUAUUGUGGGGCGUUUCUCAUCAGGUGGUUUGGAAUAAUACUGUGAAAAUGUAGCUUCCAAGUUUUUCUUUGAUCGAGAAUGUCAUGAAAAAAGCCAAAACUGAAAAACCAAAAGCAAAACCUUUUUGACACACAAACAAACCAAAUAGCAACCAAACCAAUGCACAACGGGUGGAUAUAAAACUGUAUUGGUGCUAGGUUUUUAUGGAGAGAGAGAGAGAGAGAGAAAGAGGGGGGAAGGGGGAGAGAAGGUGUGAGAAUGGAUGCAAGUUGGCUGCAUCAAGGAGUGUGUGCGGGCGAGUGUGUGUGUGUGUGUGUGUGUGUGUGUGUG